UAUUCCGAAACCCUCUACCAAAAGUCAAGUGAGAACAUAAAUAGAGGACGCUCUGGAUCUACGUGGACGCUGACAGUAAACGCAUUACAGCCAGUCUCAACAGUUUGCUGAAUGGAUCAAUACCUACGGGCCUAUAAUCUCGCUUCGGGUCGGGCCUGGUAAGGUCAUGGUCAUCAUUGGCAGAUAUCAGGAAUCGAAUGACAUAAUGGAGAAGGAAGGUGGUCAGUUAGCGGACCGCCCUCGUGCGGUUGCAGCAGGAGAGAUCUUGUCUCGUGGGCUACUCAUGGUCCUUGCACCCGCAGGGGAGCAGUUCCGGAGACUUCGCAAGGCAGCAUACACUCAUCUUCAAGCGAAGGCUGCAGAAUCCUAUGCGCCCAUUCAGAUGGACGCCGCUCGUGAUGUCAUCCUCGACAUCCUUGAUAACCCUAAAGGACAUCAAGCAGCUGCGAAUCGCUACGCCGCCGCGGUCAUCCUGCGUGUCAUGUAUGGGAAGUCCACGCCUACCGCCGCAAAUGCUCCCGAGAUCAUCGUCAUCCACAAAACGCUCAAGCGCUUCCAGAUGCUCAUGCGACCUGGGGCAUUCCUGAUAGAGCGCUUCCCAAUCCUAAAAUACGUCCCAGGAUACACAACCGAGUUGGAGGAAUGGAGAAGAGAAGAGAGUCAGGUCUACCAUGACCAACUCAAUCGCGUUUCAAGAGAAUUGGCGACCGGCAAAGCUGGUCCUUCAUUUGCUCGGUACCUCCUUGAGAACCAGUCCUCGCACAAGCUUUCGCAAGAAGAAAUGGCCUAUCUUGCUGGAUCGCUCUUUGGCGCUGGUUCAGACACGACGGCUGUGGCAAUCAUGUAUGUCGUGAUGGCUUCAGCAUGUUAUCCCAAGGCGCAGGAGAAAGUGCAAGAGCAGCUGGACAUCGUCGUUGGUCGUAACAGAGCUCCCACGUUCGAUGACUACAAUUCGCUCCCGCAGAUAGAGGCAUUUAUGCUGGAGUGUCUUCGCUGGAGGCCUGUGGUAGCCCUUGGAUUUGCUCACUGCGCAUCGACCGAUAUCGUUUAUAAAGGCAUGUGUAUCCCAAAGGGCGCUAUCGUUUUUGGCAAUCAUUGGGCAAUCUCACGUGAUCCGAUUGUUUACCCCAACCCUGACAUGUUCGAUCCUGAGAGGUGGCUCAACAGCGAAGGCAAAAUUCGGGACGACAUCAAGUUCCCUUCAUAUGGCUUUGGACGCAGAAUCUGCCCCGGGCGGCACAUAGCGGAUCGUUCGGUCUUUAUCAACAUCGCGCUCCUUCUGUGGUCGUUCAAGAUCACUCAGGACCCAGAGAACCCAAUUGAUGACAUGGGCUUCGUGGACCGCGUGGUUGCGCACCCCAAACCGUUCACUGCGCGUUUUCAGCCGCGAUUUGGGAAUGAGGCAUCUCUGAGAGGCGCGAUGGCUCAUUACAGGGAGGGGAUGUAGGAUCUUGAACACGAAAUAAUGGCUUGUACAUGCGCGCUUAGGAUUUGUACUAUUAGCAAGAAGCAUCAGGUUGUUUUUGGAAUAUUGGACGACCACCCAAGACCUCAAAUUAGUGUGUAUGGACUGCGUGCAUUCCUCAUUUACAUUUCGUCUUUGUGCAAUUUACAAAUGCGCCAGCCAAGUCUCGAUU